AUGUUAUAUCUUGUUACAGUCAUCAUCCUUGGCAUUAUUUCGUAUAUCAUCUACAAGAAGCACAGUAAAUCAUCGAAGUUUUCUUCCACUGUUUCUCAGUACGAUCAUGCCAUAGUUCUUGGAGGAAGUAUUGGAGGAAUGGCUACUGCAGCUUAUUUAUCUAAAUACUUUAAACGAAUAACAAUUAUUAAAUCAGAUGAUGUAUUAAAUGAUAUAUUCAUGAAGUCUACCCCUAGCGAAAUAUUAGAUUAUUGUUAUCGUCUUGAAAGUCCAACGUCAUUGGGACGUUCAGGUGUUAGUCAAAUAUAUCAAUUGCAUGGGCUUCAAGGUGAAGGUUAUAAAAUAUUACUGGAAUUAUUUCCUCGAUUAAAGGAUAAGUUAUUCAAUGAAUAUGGUAUUCGGACAUAUUCAUUGAAAACCGGAUUAAGACUCGCGGCUAGUGAUAUAAUUUUAAAUCAAGAUUUAACUGAAGAUUUUGAUUGGUUAGGAGUUGAUCGUUUUACAUUAGAAAUAGUUUUGAGAAGAGAAUUUUGCUUGAAAUUCAAUAAUCAAGUUGAAUGGAAAUGUAAUAGCAGAGUAACAGAAUUAAUUAUUGAUCAAUCAUUAAAUAUUGUUAAAGGUGAUUUUAUUAUUGAUUGUACUGGUCACAAUACAUCAUCACCUAAAUGGUUAAAAGAGAAAUUCAAUUUAAUUGUACCUACUAUACAAAUACAUUAUGGCUGUGGGUAUGUUACAUUUAUUGGUGAAAGAUUUCGAACUGGUGAUCCAUCGCUUGAUUCAGUAGCUGUGAUUGGUAGCUCAGUUAAUUCUCCUGAGAACAACUUUGGUUUUAUUAUAACACCAAUACGUACCAUAGAUACAACUGAUCAUGAUUCAUUAGGAAUACUAGCAACACUUGCUAUAAACUGUGUUAAUGCAGAAUAUCCGCCAAAUGGUUCAUAUGAAAAUUUAUUAGAAUGGGCGAAAGAAAAUCUAGAUCAAGAAUAUUAUGCAGUUUUAAAAUCCAUAAAAUUAUGUAGUGGGUGUGGGUG